CUGUAGCAUUUAGUGGCGUUCAGUUGCUGGAACGCACGCGUGCUAUGUUGUAGUGUUCUUGUCGGUUCUCACAAAACAGUGCUGAUAUUUUCGUAAUUGAAAGUGUAAAUAUAUUUGAUGUGUACAGAAAAAAAGAAUAAGCUCUGAAUGUUGUAUCAUUGUGUUUGAAAUAUCUGUUUAUAUUAGUUUUCUAUGCUAUUAAGGUUAGAAAAAUUGUGAUACAAUUUAGUGUACUGAUAAUGAGGAGAAAACAAAUCUAUAGUGUAAUCACAUGAAAUUAAGAAAAUCGAAGAAAUAUGGUGCUAUUCGUGUUCGUUUAAAAAGGAAAAACCAUAGGGAAUUAAAACUGUUGAUGGAAGUAAAACGGGUCAUGCGAAUGACGUAAGAACUACAGUGCGAAAGAAAAGAAAACCAUAUUCUUGUUUACUAAGAAGAUUCAGCGAGAAAAAAAGCAUACAGUAUGGGAGAAAGACGAGGUACCAAGGCACUAGAACUUUGGUGUCGACGAAUAACGGAAGGUUAUCCUGGUGUGAACGUGCAAAAUAUGACAACUUCCUGGAAAGAUGGUUUGGCAUUUUGCGCAAUGAUCCACCACUUCAGACCAGACCUCAUCGACUUCGACAGUUUAGACAAGAAUGAUGUAUACGGGAACAACGAUUUGGCCUUCAAAAUAGCGGAACAGCAUCUUGGAAUUCCGGCACUUCUAGAUGCUGAAGACAUGGCCUCUUGUUCUGUACCUGAUCGAUUGUCCAUCCUUACUUAUCUCUCACAGUUCUAUCAAACAUUCGGUGGUUCAUCACCAAGUCGGCUGGCAGUAAACAGAACAACAGAAAGUACAGAGGAAAAGAUUACUCCAAUACCUGAAUCUCCGAAUGAAAAGGCAGCGUUGGGUCUGGGUAUGCGGAGGGAUCCGUGUGCCGUAUGUGGACUUCCGGUUUUCCUAGCGGAAAAACUGGUACUCGGCCGUGUCGCUUAUCACCGUACUUGUUUCCGUUGUGCUCGAUGCAACAAUCAAUUAACGCUUGGUAAUUACUACGAGACGGAGAAAGGACAGUAUUGCUGUGAAACGUGCCCUGACGAAGAACCUCCAUCGCCUACAAUGCAAAAUUAUACAAUGCCUAAUAGAAAUGAAGUAGAUGGGGUUGAAGACGCAAGUUCAAAUGGAUCCUACAGCAAUGAAGAUAACGCAAACGCACAAACAUUCGAUGAUUCUUUGAAACAGUCCGAGCUCGAUGAUUUUUCCGUUCCUGAUAUUAUUGCGCAAACGUCUCGAUUAAGAUUGAAUUUCAUUUCGAAUCAUCUACUUUCAGAUCAAGCAGAUACUGCAGACAAUGUAGACUCUAUGCUGCCAAUGAAUGAUCAGCAAGGAAAAGAAAGUAGAUCUUCAACUCCUAGAAGAAAUGAAGAUCAUUGUUCAUUCGAUGGUGAAGGUAGCAGUAACGAUUUUCAUUCUGCACAAUUAGAACCGUCCAGUAGAAACCAAAGAUUUUCUGACGAUGAAGAUUCCAACACAAACUGUUCAAAAAAUUUUACUCAUCAAGAGGAACCAAGUACUUCUAAAACCAAUAUUGAAGAACAGUUGACAGACAAAACUGUUAAGAGUGAUUCUACAAAUUGCCUUUCCUUAGUUCAAGCGAGACUCAGAUUAUUUGAAAAUCCAAAAGACUCCUUUGAGAAAAGUAAUGAAGUACCAAAAUGCAAAGCACAAUAUAAAAAGCACAAUGUAAAAAAAGAAGACUCUAAAGAUUCAGAAAUUGUAUCAAAAGUUUCAACAACUCCUGUCAAUGAUACUUUAAUGACUACACCUGAAAUCAAUGAAAUGAUUGUUUUAGAAAGCGACAAGAUGAUUCAUUCUCAAAUUAAUAGUGAAAAGCAUAUAUCCACCAUUGAUGUAAGUGAAACUGAUUCCACAACGAAAUCUUCUAUUGUUGCUGAGAAAGAUUAUCCAGAAAGUCUAAAUCCUUUUAAAAGUGAUGAAGAAGAAAAUACUGAUACGGAUUCAAUAAUAAAUAUUUCUGAAAGUAACAGAAGUUCUACAAAUCCUUUUGAAAAUAAAGAGGAAAAGAAGAAGGAACUUGUUAUACCAAAACCAGCUGUAAGAAGUAAUAUUGAUAAUAAUAUUGUAAAGUCUCAAACUCUUGAAGAAGUAUCAACGAAAAGACGUCUGAUUGCUCCUCAAAUUAAUUUAAAUCCCUUUUGGAGUGACGAUGAUGAGCAGGAGAGUGAUUCGGAGAAUAAAAUAAAAGUACCGGAAACAAAGCCUGUUCCUAAACCACGUACAACAAGAAACAUCCAAGAACCAGAAGUAAACGGAUCGAAGUCUGAUCAGAAUUACAAUAGUUUGAACGUAUCUAAUAGUUCCCUGGCCAGUUUGGAAUCACCAAGUAGUUUAGGAACAACUUGUCGAAAAAAGAAACCAGCUCCAUUACCACCUAACAAAAAAGAGCGCUCUCCUGAUCAACAUAUGCCUCAGACUUCGUCGCCAAUUGUACUAACCAAGGCACGAAAAACAAAACCAGCCCCACCUCCACCAAUGCAAACAAGUAGUCCGUGUAAUACAAGCACUGCCACUGUGUUAAGUUGUGAAGAAUCACCCAUCAGUAAAUCAAAAAACGCCACGGAAAGGAUUAAUGUGUGGGAGGAUGAAAAGAUUAGUAAAGAUGUGGCGAAUAGAAACAGGCAAAGUUUCUCUCACACUCCAUCUAAGGAGGGAUUCUAUGAUAGAUCUUUCAUGGACAAAAGCACUGAAGGAAAAUGGAAAAGGAAAAAAGGACCUGCUCCACCUUGUCCAAUGCCAUUAAAGAGGAAGAUAAAAGUAAUGUCUCUGAAGGAUGUCAAAUUGGAAUUGGAUGAAAUAGAGGUGCAACAACAGGGCUUGGAGAAACAAGGUGUGCGACUGGAGCAACUAAUUAGAAGUAAAUGUGAAUCUGAUUCUAAACCUGACGAUGUUUCUCUUGGAACAGAUGUAGAAGAGUUAGUUCUAGAAUUAUUCGCUUUAGUAAAUGAGAAGAACGAGCUAUUCAGGCGGCAAGCUGAAUUAAUGUUGCUUCGAAGACAGCAGAGAUUAGAAGAAGAACAUGCUGAAGUAGAAUACCAAAUUCGCUGCUUAAUGUCACAACAAGAAUCUAUGAAAACUGACUUUGAUAAGCAAAGAGAAGAAGCAUUAAUAAAAAGACUAGUAGAAAUUGUUGAAAGAAGGAACGAAAUAGUGGACUGCUUAGAAAUGGAUCGUCGUAGAGAAAUAGAAGAGGAUAAAAGUAUACAUAAACAUAUGGAUUUAUUUGCUGUUAAAAAUAAAAACGAAAUAUUAAAUAGAGAUUCAGGACAUUCCCGAAAAACAAAAGCCAAGGAAAAUAAGUCGAAGGACAAAACGAAGGAAAAGAAAUUCAAGAAAAUACUUAAGAAAGAUAUUGACAAGGAUAUUGAUGAAAUUGAGUUAAAACUUAAACGCCAUAAUAAACGAAAGUGGUUUUAGAUUAUAAUAAUUAUACACUUACACGAAUCCUGCCGUUUUUGUAUAAUUUGUACAGUGUUUUACUUGUACUAUAUAUCUCGAAUAAGUUACGUUCAUAGAGAUAUAGGAAUACAGCUAAACAGCCGUGUAGCAGUAAAAAGAGAACUAAUUUAUAUUUUAUUAAGAAAACGCAACUUUCUGCUGUAUAUUUUAAACUUAGCGAUUUUGUAUGCUAUUAUCAUACUGGUUGACAAUCCAGUAUGUAGAAUUUUGGAAAUGGCAUGUUAUUUGUUAUACUGAAAUUCGUGUGCAGGAACACACCUUAAAUCCUUGCAUCAUAACAUUUAUAUAGCGCUUAUAGCCAUGUACUGUAUUCUUAUAUCUCUGUGAUUAUAUUCAAAGGUUUUCUAUAUAUAAAAAUUAUUCCUACAUGGUACUAUUAAAAUGGAUAAUAAUGUUUUUCAACGUUAUAUUUAUAUAUAAAAAAUGUUUAUUAAAUACCUUUUUGUAACAGAUCUAUAUGUAUUUUUCACACGUGACAUUAUACAUAUUCAUCGUAAAGUAAUGUCCCUAAUAUUUUGUAAUAAUUGUGAUAGUCUCAAAAUAAUAACAGUUUAUGUUUAAAGACUUUCAUUAAUUAUAUGCAAAUGAAUCUUUAAUAGAGAGAAUACGAUACUGUUAAGGGCCAGUUCCUAAUCACUCAUGAGUAACUAUCGCACUUUUGUUAACGUCUAAAUGGAAAAAUUAAUCAAAUCUACAGGACUUUUUAUUAUUCGACUAAAUUUAUAUUUUAUUUUAAAAAUUUUAUAUUUUAUAUUUAGAAAUGUACAAUAAUAAUUAACU